AUGCCGACGCCGCGCGCGUGGACGCUCCUCGCGCUCGUCCUCGCGCUCGCGUUUCACGCCGACGGCGGCGCGGACGCGCUGCCGAUCGCGGACCACGUCUCGAGCAUCGUGACGAGAGCCAAGGAAGCGCGCGCGGCGGCCGCGCCCGCGGUCAGAGCCGCGCGCGAUCGCGUCGUCGCGCGCGUCGCGAACAGCACGGUCGUCGAGGCAGUGGGCGAUCUCCGCGCGGGGAUGGCGAGUCUCUCGGUGAAGAGCGCGAGGGAGGACGAGGAGGAGGAGGAGGAGGACGGCGGGUCAUCCGCGGAGGGGGUGACCUCGGACGGGCACGUCAUCAGCGGCCGCGCGCACGGCGUCGCGUCGUUCCUCUCGCUCGCGAUGUGCGUCUCUUUUUCCAUCUGGGUCGCGAGCGCGUUCUGUCGCGUGAGGCGCAGGGAAGGGGACGUCCUGCCGACGUUCGAGCUCACGAGCGAGGGGCGGCGCGCGCUGAGACACCCGGGGACGUUCGACUAG